CCCAAAAUUGACAGGUACCUGCUCCCACUUCUGCUGCAAUUGCCUAGUCCAGGGGUAGGCAACCUGAGAGCCACAGGACUACAAGUUCCAUCAUGCCCAGGGACGGACAACUCAUGGGGCCCCCGGGCAAUAGGGAAUCAUGGGGCCCUUGUUUCCUUGCCCAAACUGAAAAAAGCCUAUGAAAAAGGUACCAGGGGCAUCUCAUGGGGCCCCCUACUGACCCCGGGCCCUCGGGCAGUACCCGAGUUUCCAAAUGGGCAGUUCACCCCUGCUGUCGCCCAUGGUAACCGCUGCAGAUAAGCAUCGUUCCCAACACUCACA